ACCUACAAAUAAGGUCCAAUACAAUUUCCCUGUAUGUUCAAAGCUUUAACAAUAUUUGGGAAAAAAUGAAAUUUUUUACCAAAAGCUUGCUGUUUUGGUGGUGGGAAUGGCAGGAUUUUAGUGUAAGUUGUAGCUCCAGUUGCCAGAUACAAGGAAGGUCCAAUGCAAUUUCCUUCAAACUCCACCGAGAAGAGCGAUCACUGACUGUGUUUGAGACCCAUUGGGCCUCACUUGCUAUCCCAAAGAUUAAGCAUAUGUGCAACUCUUUACUGUAAUAGUAUUUCCUUGAUGAUAUUUGGUUCAAAAUCGGGACAUUCGAGGACCAUCGAUAAUCGAAUCAGUCAGUGUGUGUGUCGUUAUUUUAAUGUAUACGUGUGAUCCGGAUCCGGAUUGAAAAUAAAACGAAACCAAUAAGAAUUAAAAAUAUAUAAACAUACAUACAUGUAAUACUAACAUCUUUAGCAAAACAUUAACUGAAUAAAAUAAUGAAAACAAUUUAUAUGUACUAAUAAGGUUAGGUCGGUGAUAGUCAAUUACUUCUACUUUUUGUUAAUGUAUAUUCUUAUCGAGUAAAAAUAGAAAACCAUAAGAUGACAAAAAUUGUGGAAUUACGUCCUGAUAGGAAUUUAACUAAUUCAAAGUUUGAGAAAUAUCAAUUCUGUACCGAUGACAUCCCAGUAGAUACUGAAAUUGAUUUGAAAACAGAUGUACGUCGAUUAGAGUUGACAACAAAUCGAGACUCUCUUUUAGAAACGCGAUUAUUCGCAUUUCAUAAUCAUUUAUUUAACAAUCCGUACGACACGUCGUGUUGGUUCAUAGAUGAAAAUUGGAUUGUCUGGCGUUUUAAACAGAGUGGAAAUUUGGAGCAAGUACAUGUAAUUCACAAUUCAAAGGAAAAUGUAGAAAACUUAUUGUACAAUCCAUCAAUUGGAUUUACCAAUAAUAAUAUUGUUGUAAUUUCUGAUGGUGGCAAUUGUUUGAAAUUAAUAAUAACUGACUCUCAAGAACAAAUUAAAUCUUUUAUAUUGAACGAUGCUGAACCUGGAAUAAUAUUAGAUGUAAGAUACGUCAGUGACGUAUCCAGCAUUAUGAUUGUUAUGUGCGACAUCAGAAGUACAGGUGAAAAGAAAUUUACAAGAUUAUUACUAUUAACUUACAAGUGGAAGAAUUCAGGAGGUCCCGAUGAAUCGAUAGAAUUUGUUAACAAAGAAACGUUAAAAGUAAAAGGUGCUGUUGAAUAUGUAUAUAUCGAAGACACUGGUAGAUAUUUGCAUUCUAUUUGUCAAGACUACGUUGCAUUUGAAUGUUCAAAGGUAAAAGAAUCUACUAGUGACAAUGAGAACGAUUUAGUAAGAACAAAAGAAAUAAAGAUUCCAAAAUAUUGUUGGUCCCAAGAUGAGGACUCGUUGACAGUUUGGCUUAAAAUAGAUAAACAGUAUCAAAAUAAAGUUAAAGUAAAUGUGAAGCCAAUGGAACUGUCAGUGACAAUUGAUGACAAUGUAUUAAUACAAGGGCAGUGUCAACACAAAUUAGAUGGUGGAGAAUGUUUACCUAAUGAGGCUUUAGCAGCUGAAAUCCAUUCUAGGCUAGCACAUUUGUGUUCAGAUGAAGCUGAUAAUAAGCAGGAAGGCCAGCCUUGUGUAGGAUUCAAUGCUGAACAACUCGAAGAGUGUGACUUGGAGGGGAAGGAUAAUCUUCUACAAAGGAUUGAUCUCGUUGAAGAAAAAAAUACUCAUUUAGCUAUGCUUGGUGCGAGCAAUCAUGUAUUAUUUACAUACAAAACAACAUCUGGGCAAGCGAUAUGCCUAAGACAUGAUAAUGAUGGUUGCUUGUGGGUAACCGGCGAAGUAGAUGAUACUAAGUGGAAUAUGGAACAUUACUAUACUUUUCCUGGUUUCGGAUAUGUCGAAGCGAGUAAGAGUAACAAGAAAUUCUGUGUUUCUCCAGCUGAUGGCUCAUACGUAGCUAUACUUGAACAUACGAGAUACAUAUUUCUUUACAAAAGACCUGAACCGAACGUGCAAGUUGGAAAACAAUGGAUCGUAGAUUUAGGUACGGAGACUUGUCCCAUCAUGGGAACAGUAGCUACGAAUAAAUACCUAAUUGUUCUUACAAAAGACAAAUUGUAUCGAUUAAACAUAUGUUUUCAUUAUUAACAAUAUUCAUUCUAUCGCA